UCCCCGCGGCGCGAGCGGCUGACUGCCGGGAGAGGAAACGGCAUUCGGAGCCGCGCUCCCGCCCAGGCCGGCCCUGACGCGGGCCUCGUCAGCUGGUAACGGGGAGCAGAGGUGGGGGUCAGGGAGGCGACCACGGAAACGGCGAAGGUCGGAACCGACAGCCUCCUCCGAGAAGGGCAGGAGCUGGGAGGAGGCGGCAGCAGCGGCGGUAGCAGGAGCGGCGGCGGCGGCGGCGGCGGCAGAGGCAGCGGCGGCGGCGGCGGCAGCAGCAGCUGGGAGGAGGUGGUGACGGUGGCAACGGCAGCGUCGGGGAGGAUGGCGCGACUGGUGGCAGUGUGCAGGGACGGGGAGGAGGAGUUCCCCUUCGAGAGGAGGCAGAUCCCCCUCUACAUAGACGACACCCUGACGAUGGUGAUGGAAUUUCCUGACAAUGUGUUAAAUCUCGACGGGCAUCAGAAUAAUGGUGCACAGCUAAAGCAGUUCAUUCAGCGACAUGGUAUGCUUAAGCAACAGGAUCUAAGUAUUGCCAUGGUGGUGACAUCACGUGAAGUCCUGAGUGCACUUUCUCAGCUUGUCCCAUGUGUUGGUUGUCGCCGCAGUGUGGAGCGUCUCUUUUCCCAGCUUGUAGAGUCUGGCAAUCCUGCUCUUGAACCCUUAACAGUAGGGCCCAAGGGAGUCCUGUCUGUAACCAGAAGCUGCAUGACUGAUGCAAAGAAGCUUUAUACAUUAUUUUAUGUACAUGGGUCCAAACUAAAUGACAUGAUAGAUGCUAUUCCAAAAAGUAAGAAGAAUAAGAGAUGUCAGUUGCACUCCUUAGAUACGCACAAGCCAAAACCUUUGGGUGAAGGGAGCAGUAGCAGUGUCAGUUCAGAGAAGUUAAGUACAGAUAAGAGAAGUAGUGAAGACCACAGGAAGGACAGCAAGUGUAGGAUCAUUUUCCAUUAUGGACCUUUCCAGGGAACAGCCAGAGGUUGUUGGAUGGAUGUAUGGGAACUAAUGUCCCAGGAAUGCAGGGAUGAAGUAGUUUUAAUUGACUCAAGUUGUCUUUUAGAAACACUAGAAACAUACCUGCGAAAACACAGGUUUUGCACUGAUUGCAAAAAUAAAGUUCUCCGAGCAUACAACAUCCUUAUUGGUGAACUUGAUUGCAGCAAAGAAAAGGGCUACUGUGCUGCACUUUAUGAAGGCUUGCGGUGCUGUCCACAUGAACGACACAUACAUGUUUGCUGUGAAACAGACUUCAUUGCUCACCUUUUGGGUCGUGCUGAGCCAGAGUUCGCAGGAGGGUAUGAACGAAGAGAAAGGCAUGCAAAGACAAUAGAUAUAGCUCAAGAAGAAGUUCUGACCUGCUUGGGAAUUCAUCUUUAUGAAAGACUGCAUCGAAUCUGGCAAAAACUCCGGGCAGAAGAGCAGACAUGGCAGAUGCUUUUCUAUCUUGGUGUUGAUGCUUUACGCAAGAGUUUUGAGAUGACCGUGGAAAAAGUACAGGGUAUUAGCAGAUUGGAACAACUUUGUGAGGAAUUUUCAGAAGAGGAACGAGUAAGAGAACUCAAGCAAGAAAAGAAACGCCAAAAACGGAAGAAUAGACGAAAAAAUAAGUGUGUGUGUGAUAUUCCUACUCCCUUACAAACAGCAGAAGAAAAGGAAGUAAGCCAAGAGAAGGAAACAGACUUCAUAGAAAAUAGCAGCUGCAAAGCCUGUGGCAGCACUGAAGAUGGUAAUACUUGUGUAGAAGUAAUUGUUACCAAUGAAAAUACGUCAUGUACCUGUCCUAGCAGUGGCAAUCUUUUGGGGUCCCCUAAAAUAAAGAAAGGCUUAUCUCCACACUGUAAUGGUAGUGAUUGUGGAUAUUCAUCUAGCAUGGAAGGGAGUGAAACAGGUUCUCGGGAGGGUUCGGAUGUUGCCUGCACUGAAGGCAUUUGUAAUCAUGAUGAACACGGUGAUGACUCCUGUGUUCAUCACUGUGAAGACAAAGAGGAUGAUGGUGAUAGUUGUGUUGAAUGUUGGGCAAAUUCUGAAGAGAACAACACAAAAGGAAAAAAUAAAAAGAAGAAAAAGAAAAGCAAGACGUUGAAAUGUGAUGAACAUAUCCAGAAGCUUGGAAGCUGUAUUACAGAUCCAGGUAAUCGAGAGACCUCAGGAAAUACCAUGCACACAGUGUUUCACCGUGACAAGACCAAAGAUGCACAUCCUGAAAGCUGUUGCAGCUCUGAAAAGGGUGGGCAGCCACUGCCUUGGUUUGAGCAUAGAAAAAAUGUACCACAGCUUGCAGAAUCUACAGAAACAUUGUUUGGUCCCGAUUCCGGAAAAGGUGCCAAGAGCUUAGUUGAACUCCUUGAUGAGUCUGAAUGUACUUCAGAUGAGGAAAUCUUUAUCUCACAAGAUGAAAUACAGUCAUUUAUGGCUAAUAACCAGUCUUUCUACAGCAAUAGAGAACAAUACCGACAGCAUCUGAAGGAGAAAUUUAAUAAAUACUGCCGCUUAAAUGAUCACAAGAGGCCCAUUUGUAGUGGCUGGUUGACAACAGCUGGAGCAAAUUAAAUAAAUAAAAUAGCUCUGUCUUUCAAUGAAACACUCAUGAUGACUACUGCGCCUUCUCUUUUGAAAAACUCUUAAUUUAGUGACUUAAACGGCAAAAUUUUAUCUUAAAUGUGAUUCUUUCUUGUUUUGGGAGACGGUGGAGGUAUCCUCAUUAGUUUGUUCUUUCUUCAGGCUUGUGUCUUUAGUUGCGUGGCUGCACAGGCCUGCCAUAUGAUUUAAGCCAUCUCUUUUCAUUAAAUGUUUCUCUUCCUGUGAGACUUACUAAAGCAACUUAGUGGCAAAAAGUAAUGUUGUACUUAUAAUUCUGUACAGAAAUGACAAUGAGCUGAAUAUAUGGUUUUACAAAGUAGACAUCCACUUGCGAAAUGUUUGGAUGUAAUGUUAAAGCGCAAUGUGCAAAAUUUAAAAUAAAGAAUAUUUAUUAAUAUGCACAGUAAAA